AUUGCAAUUUUAUAAAAAUGUGGAAAUACUGUGGUGUUUACUAUGUAUUGUGUAUCAUAGUUACUGUUGUAUAUGGACAUGAUUUCAGAAGUUUCGACGAUAGCAUCCUCUUUAAAAUUAAUUGGCCAGGCAAAGCUAAUUCGGAUUUAUUAGAAUCUAGAACAAAUAUAGAACCUUAUAUUAUAACAACUGCAAAUAAGGAACGAUAUCGAUGUUUAAUUGUUGAUAAUACAGAACAAGAACAACAAUUUAAUGAACCAUAUAAUGGAUUAAAUCCAAUAGAAAUUUUGCUACCACUAUUUGAACAAAAUACUUGUUCUUAUAGGGUUGAAUCAUAUUGGUCGUAUGAAUUGUGCCAUGGACGAUAUGUACGUCAAUAUCAUGAAGAUAGAGAUGGAAAAAAAGUUAAAACACAAGUGUAUUAUUUAGGUACUUUUGAUAAAAUGCAAGAAUUCAAGCUUUUGGCUGACUAUAUGGAGAGAGAAGCCAAUCCUAAUAGAAAAGCAAAAAUACCAGUUAAAAAAGUUAAUGGAAUCAAUAUGCCAUAUGUUGAAAUUGAAAUGGGUGAUGGGUCAAUUUGUGAUCUAACUAAUAAGCCACGAAAGAUAAAAGUUUUAUAUGUUUGUUAUCAGCAUGGUAAACAUGAGCUGUUUUCAUUAGAAGAAUCUUCUAGCUGCGAAUAUGAAGUUAUUGUCCUUUCUUCUUGGUUAUGUAGUCACCCUGACUACAAGCCUCAAGCUACAGGAGAGAAUGAAAUUAAUUGUUAUCCAGUUGGUCCUUCGCCAAUGAAACCUAGAUCUCUUAUUGCAAUGGAAGUAGAAAGUUUGAAACUUCGAUAUCAAACAGUAACGGAUGACAAGCUGCAGGAUGUCUAUGCAAUCUUCUAUGUAGAUAAGGAGGGCCAGGAUGGUGAAGCACGUGUUAGAGUUGAAAUACAUCCCGUUGGUGUCAUUGAUAAAUCUAAUAAUGAAGAUUCUAUAAAUUCAUUAACAGAACAAGAUAUUAGUCCAGCGGAAGUAACCCCCGUAAAAAAUUUUUUAAGCGGAAAGAAUUGUUUGCACGGGGGCAAUGGAUGGUGGAAGUACGAAUUUUGUUAUGGUCGUUCUGUAGAUCAGUAUCACAUAGAACGUGAUGGUAAAAAAACUAUAGUAAAUCUUGGUAAAUUUGAUAAACAAAAACAUUUGGAGUGGAUCACUGCACAUCCACAUAAAAAACCAAAGUCACCAGAAUUACGAAAACAACUUUCUCAUUUUUAUAGCGAUGGUACUAUUUGCGAUAAGACUGGCAAUCCAAGACAAACGGAGGUGAAACUAAAAUGUAUUGAAAGUCACGCGGCUAGCCCAUCGAGUGUUUCUUUAUUUUUACUCGAACCAAAAACAUGCGAAUACGUUUUAGGUGUGGAAUCUCCGUUGAUCUGUGAUAUUUUAAAAUACGCCGAUGAAAAUGGACUUCUUAGUGAAAAAUUUGAAGUGAACUUCGACAAAUUAAAGACGACUGCUUUUCACGAAUACGAUGAUUUGGACGAAAGGAUAGCAAAUGGAGAUGAUUAG